UUCAUUUAAUUAUAAUCCACAUGACUCUACAACAACGAUUAAAUAAACACAAACACUACAUAUAAGUAGCCCCAUUACAUGGUCCAAAUCAUUCUCAAAAAUAUCAUAGCACAAUUCAAUUUUACUAACAUCCAAAUAUGGAUCACAUCACUUACCCCUCAUUUUCUCACCACUUAUCCCUGAUUCUCAUCUCCACAAUAUUGAUUCCCAUUCCACAAAUCUCAGCCGUCGAUUUCCCAAUCAACGUGUGGCCCAAGCCCACCACCUUCCUGUGGCCCCGCCCACAGGCAAUCGCGCUCUCCCCCAACUUCACCAUCUCCGCCCCGCCCCACCCCCACCUCACCCCCGCCGUCCGCCGCUACCUCAGCCUGAUCCUCACCGAGCACCACCGCCCCCUCGUAACCCCGAAUCUCAACCUGACAUCGUCUCCUCCGCUCGCCGCGCUCACGAUAACGAUCUCCGAUGCCUCCGCCCCGCUCGCGCACGGCGUCAACGAAUCCUACUCCCUCACCAUCCCCGACGACGGCAGCGCGGCGGCGCUGGCGGCGGCGACCGCGUGGGGCGCGAUGCGGGGGCUGGAGACGCUGUCGCAGCUGGUGUACGGUAGUCCGUCGCUGAGGGUGGGGUGCGGGUUGUACAUUUCGGACGUACCACUGUUUAUGCACAGGGGGAUCAUGCUCGACACCGCGCGGAACUACUACGGAGUGGAGGAUCUGCUGCGGCUGAUUGCGGCGAUGAGCAUGAACAAAUUGAACGUUUUCCAUUGGCAUGUUACCGACUCGCACUCGUUCCCGCUGGUGCUGCCGUCGGAGCCGGAGAUGGCGGAGAAAGGAGCGUACGGCGAGGGUAUGGUGUACACGGUGGAUGAUGUGAAAAGAGUGGUGGAGUUCGGGCUGGAGCGCGGCGUUAGAGUUGUGCCGGAAAUCGAUAUGCCUGCGCACACGGGAUCAUGGGCCAAAGCCUACCCGGAAAUCAUCACAUGCGCCGAUGUAUUCUGGUGGCCUGCAGGAGCCAGCUGGGACGACAGGUACGCAGCCGAGCCAGGAACCGGCCAACUCAACCCAUUGCACCUGAAGACCUACCAAGUGGUACAAAACGUAGUCCACGACGUCGCCUCCAUGUUUCCGGACCAAUUCUUCCAUGCCGGGGCCGAUGAGGUCACUCCAAACUGUUGGAAACUCGACCCUUCCAUUCAGUCAUACCUCUCCAAAAACGGAACGCUCAGCCAGAUCCUCUCUACCUUCAUCAACUCAACCCUGCCUUACAUCCUCUCUCUAAACCGCACCGUGGUUUAUUGGGAGGAUGUGUUGCUUGACGCCACGGUCAGCGUAGACCCCUCGUUGCUUCCAACGCAGCACGUGAUUCUUCAGACGUGGAACAAUGGACCAGAUAACACCAAGAGGAUUGUCUCCGCCGGCUACCGUGCCAUCGUCUCGUCCUCGGAUUUCUACUACUUGGACUGCGGCCAUGGCGACUUUGUCGGAAACAACAGCGAGUAUGAUCAGCCGCCUAGUUUCAACCAGACGGAUGGCGGGUCGUGGUGUGGCCCGUUCAAGUCGUGGCAGCUCAUUUACAACUACGAUAUAACGUAUGGACUGAGCCCCGCAGAGGCGGAGCUGGUUAUAGGCGGGGAGGUGGCGCUGUGGUCGGAGCAGGCGGAUCCUACCGUCAUGGAUCAGAGGAUCUGGCCUAGAGCUUCGGCCGUGGCAGAGACGCUGUGGUCGGGGAACCGGGACAGUUCCGGGAAGAAGAGGUCUGCGGAGGCCGUGGACCGCCUUAACGAGUGGCGGUAUAGGAUGGUCACAAGGGGGAUUAAUGCCGAGCCUAUUCAGCCACUCUGGUGUAUCAAGAAUCCGGGCAUGUGUAACACCGUGCAGUAGUGGGGGAGUGACGAUUUCAUGACUGUGAAAGAUUGUGGUUUUAAAACCUACUAGUUUAUCCUAAAUUAUUUGUGUAUUUUUGGGUGAGAUGUUGAGAAUGAACUCUGAAGUUAGUUGGUGUA